AUGAGUGGUGCGACUGAAGUCAGUGGCACAGUGGUGACGCGCACCAAGGAUGGCAUCCCAACAUGGAGUGGAGAGGCAGGCAGCUUCGUUCAGUACGAGGAGGCCGCCUUGUUGUGGGAGCAGUCCUUGACAUGGGAGAAGCGGUACACGGCGGGCCCCAAGCUGGUUCAAGAACUAACGGGUGCGGCACGAAGGUUUGUCACGGGACAAGGUGCCGGCUGGGUGGCCUACCGUGGAGGCGUGACGGUCCUCAUGGACCACCUGCGGCGGGCUUUAGGGAAGCCCCGAGUGAACGAGGUCACCGACUUGCUGGCGACGUACUUCAAGGGCACGCGGCGCCGCGCGAACGAGAGCAUGAACGAGUAUAUCACCAGGAAGUCGGAGGCCUACAUGAGGGCCAGCCAGGCCUUGAAGAGGGUACAGCCCUACUAUGACAAGACCGGGCCUCAGACUUGGAGCGAACCAUGGAACCCCAGCCGCCGCAGCAGCUGGGAUGGCCAUGGAAGCGCCUGGGGACGACAGUGGACACCUGCAAGCGAGACUACAUUGCAGGAGGACACCGAGGCGUCCACUGAGGCCCCACGGGACGCAGAUGGCAAUGCCACGGAGGAGUGGCAGACGAGAUGGCGACCAUGGGGAACUUACCACCAAGGAGGGUGGAACUCAUGGAGCUGGCAUGGAGGAUGGGACUCGGGCUACCAGUGGAGCCAGACAUCCGCCAGCUCCACCUCGGGCAGCGAGGCGAUGGCCAUGGGAAGUGAGCUACUUCCCAGCUUCAUUCAGGGCUGGUACUUGUUGGCGGACUCCAGUCUGGACCACGCGGAGCGGAACAUCAUCCUUACCGCCCUUGGCGGAGACUUCGCGCCACAGCGAGUGGCCCAGGAGUUGAGGAAUCAGUUUCCAGAAGGAGAGGUCCGCCGACGGGACCAACGCCGGCAUCAAAGCUACAUGGGGGAGAACGUGGACGAGUCGGCCGACGACGAGACCGCCGAGAACCACGGGUUCACCCUCCAGGAGCUCACCGAUGGCGGCAUGACUGAAGAGGGCAUCGCGCUGGUGGUUGACUACGAGGAGACCGCGAGGGAGGCCAUGGCGGCGAUGUACCAGGCCAAGCGGACCUUGAAGGAGGCCAGACAAAAGCAGCACAGCGUCAAGCAAAGCAGAAGGUACUACACCAGCGGCUCCGGCUCAGCAUCUUCAGCACCCCGACCUCGCGAUGAUAGCAAUAUCGACUGCUUACGCUGUGGCAAAAAGGGACACAGAGCUGCAAAUUGUCCUAUCAAGCCCCUGGCCUCACAAGGCGAAGCACACGCCGCCACGAACCAGGACGAUGGCGGCCUGCAACAAGCCCCCUUCGUAUGCUUCCAGGACCUCGCAGAGAAUAACCGGGAGCCCCACAUGAAUGGCUUCGCCCAGGACUUGCACGAUGAGCAGACCGAGGCAGCCCUGAGCGCAGAGGUUCCGGGAGAUGGGUUGUCUACCUGGGAGGCAGUAAAGCAGGGAAUGUGUGUGGUCGACGGUGGAGCGACCCAGACCGUGGGCAGCGUCACUGCCGUGGAGGCCAUCCUCCAGCAGAAUAUGAAGAAGCACGGCAAGAAUGGCCUAACCGCAGUGAGCACCAAGGAUCCUCCAACGUUCUCUUUCGGAAACAGCACUGAGAACAAGUGUUUGAGUACGGCCGUUUUGAAGGUCACAGCAGGAGGCUCGCCAGGUGCACUACAAGUGCACACGCUGGACUACGGGCAAAGCCCGGUUUUGCUUAGCGUAGAAGCCCUCCGGAACCUAGGUGCUAUUAUAGAUUUCAGUGCAGAUUUGGCGGUGUUUCGCAAGCUGGACGACUCUCGGGUCAUUAAGUUGGCUCGAGGGAAGUCUGGACAUCAGCUUUUGCCCUUGACCGAGGAUUGGAUGACAAACGCCACCAAAUCUGCAAGGUGCGAGGGCUAUGUUCAGGAUUUGGGUAGUAGACAAGAAACUUUGGAUGGAACCGAAGAUGCCAGUGGUGCCGUUGAGAGAGUUGCCGACACCGUGAAGUCCAGUGCAGGGUACCAGGCUCAGAACCUAGUGCCCAUUGCGUUCCCCCUCGCGUGCCACAACAUGGACCGCAUGUCGAAGGCGGAGUUGGUUCUUCACCUGCGCUCUAUGGGGGAGGAGCCCCCGGCAUCAUGGACCAGGAUGGAGCUUCGUCAGAGGCUCAGCGACAUGGCGGACCACGGGGAGGUCAUGAUCACCACCGCCAAGAAGGGAAAGACAGCUCUCCAAACGGCUGUGGCGGAGCUCAAUCGAGCCAGUCGGAAGAAGUCCGAGCUCAUCGAGUACGCGGUGAAGAACCACAGCGUGAAGGUGGGGUCCAACGACACCAUCGCGAUCAUCCAGAAGAAUUGCAUGACGCUCCUCAUUCAGACGAUCGAGGGCGAGGACGACGAUUUGAUGGGGUUUGGGAAACACUCCGAGCGGACCUACCUACAGGUUCUCGAGAGCGACGGCCAGUACUGCGAUUGGGCAAGGACUACAGCACGCGAAGGAGAUUGCUCGAUCUACCUGAAGCGCUUUGUGAACUGGAUGGAGCACCGCCGCCCCGCGGACACCAAGAAAAAGAUCAUCAUGGCCAAGAAGAAGACGUCCAAGAUGGGAGCUGGCUACCCCGAGCCCGAGCUGGCCCCUACCCCGAAGGCAAAGACUAUGAUGACCAGUUCGGCGGCAAGCUCAUCCGAGGAUGCGGUGCUCCAGCUGACCGAGAUGGUGGCUACCCUGGCGGCCGAAGUGAAGUCGCUGAAGGAAGACAAGGGCGAGAAACCAAGGAAGAUGACAGCUCGCCCAGACGAGGAGAUGCCGAUGAAGGGUUUGGUUGGCGUCUCGCGUGUGCAGUUGCUUGAAGUGACCAGCGACUCAGACAGUUUGUUGACCAACAUGCUUGUAGCAAGGUGCCCCACCAACUACCAGCAUGCUAGGUUGGUUCUGGAUGCUUUGAGUUGGGAAGGUGAUGGAGAUGAUGUUCUGAAGGUUGAGGGCCGGGUUUCUGUUCGUGAGGGAUCAGAAGGGGAAGUUCUUUCCGGAAAGGAGUACGAUAUCUGGAGAAAGGGCCUGGUGUUUCCGCCAAAGGCCCAUUGGAAGAUUGGAACAUGUGAAAAUGCGGUAAAGGGUGUUAAAGAGGUCAUGUCCAAGUUAUGCCACGCCGACCCCGACCUCUCUGUGCAGGAGGCCCUGGCAGAAGCUGUAGUGGCAUUCAAUCAGAAGGACUUGAUACGCGGGUUCUCACCCGCCCAACAUCUCCUAGGCCAAGCUCCCGACGAGACCGGACGCUUCACGAUAGGCUGUGAUCGUGUGCCACCAGGGAUGCAAGUGGAGAAUCCUUCAGGGGAGUUUGAGAGGUCCGUCAAGCGACGGUUGGAGGCAGAAAAGUGUCUCCUGGAAUGGCAGGCCCAGCAACGCUUGCUCCGGGCGCGACACUCCAAGCAUCGUCCAUGCUACUCCUAUGUGCCAGGAGAACUUGUUUUCUAUUGGAGGACUCAGGACUCCAAUAAGGGCAGACGCCAGCCUGGAGGGAAGCAUGGCAGGUUCCUGGGCCCGGCCAGAGUAUUGGCCACGGAGUCCAGAUGCGAGGCCUCUGGGGAAGUUCGCCCAGGAGGAGCCAUCUGGCUCGUGAAGGGCCGGAGCUUGCUCAAGUGUUGUCCGGAGCAACUGAGAAAGGCAUCGCACAGAGAAGAACUGGUGGCAGCCAUAGCCAGUGGACACUCACAGGCAACCCCAUGGACCUUCAACUCAGUGGCCGAGCAGAUAGGAGGAAACAAGUUUGAGGACCUGACUGGAGACACGCCGGAUCUCCAGGAGUGGCAACGCGCGCAGGAUGCCGAUGAGGAGGUCCAACCCAGCCGGUACCGGCUGCGACACAAGCGGCCCGCCAGCGGACCCCCUUCAGGGGUAAGGGAAGACGACGAGGAACUGCCCGAGGCCAGUGAAGCAGCCAGUUCACCACAGAGGCCUCGGCUACAAGGACCUUCCGGAGAAAAUCAGGCCGCGUGGUGGAACACGAUUCCCGAGGAUCAUUGGCCUACGCAGCGAGCUGGUUACUGGGAUGAUCAGACCGCGGCGGUGGCCAUCGAGAUCGGGUUUCCAGAGUCACAACGGGGCAAGCAAAGGGCCCUACAAGACUUGAGUGGCUACUUCGUCAGCAGCAUGAAGCGACGAGCAGUUGAACUGUCGGAAAAACGAAUGACGGCUGCCGAAAGGGCGGAAUUCAGCAGCGCGAAGGGCAUCGAGGUCAAAAACUUUGUUGCGUCGCAAGCGUUCGAAAUACUUCCCGAUCACUUGAAACCGGAUUCUUCGCAAGCCAUCAGCAUGAGGUGGAUACUUUCUUGGAAGUUGCGUGACGACGGCAGCAGGAAGGCGAAGGCAAGAGCAGUGCUUCUUGGCUACCAAGAUGGUAGCUACGAACAUAGAGCGACCACUUCCCCAGUGAUGACUCGCCAGACUAGACAACUUCUAUUACAGGUCGCUGCAUGGAAGCGCUGGCGGGUGCAGAAAGGAGAUGUGACUGGAGCCUUCCUCCAGUCAAGACAGUAUCCUGACGAGCUGUAUUGCAUUCCCUGCCCAGAAAUCUGUGAGGCUUUGGGGGUCCCUAGCGGAUCAGUAACAAGGGUACGGAAGGCAUGCUAUGGCUUGGUGGAUGCCCCGCUGGAGUGGUAUCGAUCGGUGGAUCAGUUCUUGAAAGAGCUAGGAUUCCAGAGGUUGUGGUCGGACGCUUGUUGCUGGGUCUUGCGGGAAAAAGGGGUUCUUCGGGGAAUCAUUAGCGGCCAUGUUGAUGAUUUCUUGUUCGGAGGAAAAGAAGGUGAUGCUCUUUGGGAAAGCAAGGUGGAAGCGAUCAAGGCUAAGUUUAAGUGGGGGGAUUGGGAACAGGACAGGUUUACUCAAUGCGGGGUAAUCGUGGAACAGACCAAGCAAGGAUUCGAACUGUCCCAGCCAUCCUACUUAGAAGGUCUUCAUGAGAUUGGAGUGAACGCUAGCCGUAGGAAGGACCUGAGCCAACCCACCUCUGAUAGAGAGAAAAGCCAGCUCCGAGCGCUCCUAGGAGGAAUCAGCUGGCAUGCUCAGCAGGUUGCCCCUUACCUGGCGGCCGAAGUAGGACUACUCUUAACUGAGGUUACGAAGAGCAGCGUGGACACGAUCAUCCGCGCAAACCAGUUGUUGGCGGUGGCAAAGAGCAAGCAGCAGUAUCGCAUGAAGAUCCAUGCCUUCCCCGAGGACCAGGAGCUGGUCCUCAUCGCAUGGGUCGACGCGGCGCACGCGAACAGGAUUGAUGGUGGCUCGACUCAAGGGAUCAUCCUGGGCAUGAGCACUUCGCAGCUUCUAGAAGGAAAGGUGCAGGGGGUCAGCCCGAUUGGCUGGCACUCCCAACGCAUAGACCGGACCUGCAGAUCGCCAGGAGCUGCGGAAUCACAGGCAGCAGUCAAUGGGGAGGAUCACCUCCAUGCCGCCCGCUACGCCUGGUCCGAGAUGCUGUAUGGCGAUGUGAACCUGUCGGAUCCAGAUGGGGUGGUUCGACGCGUCCGAGGAUGCGUCGUUACAGACAGCAGGAAUGUCUACGACAAGUUGGUGACGGAAACCCUUGUUAUCAAGGGAGCAGAGAAAAGGACAAGCCUGGAGCUCUUGGCGCUGAAAGAGGCCCAAGAGAACACAGGAGUUUCAGUCAGAUGGGUGCACAGUGAAGCUCAGCUUGCAAACACCUUAACUAAGAGUGGAGGCUUCCGGGAGUAUGACCUCUUCAACAAGAUGGGCCACGUGUGGCGUCUCGUCGAGGACGAGAAGAUGAUGUCGGCUCGAAGGCGCAAAGAACUAGGACUCCAGCCACUGGAGUCAGAGGGGAAAUCCAAUGUUUCUAGUCAAGGGGAUGUCUGCAUUUCAGAGUGA